AUGUCAUUUAUUUCUUUUUACAUUUAUUUUUUAGUUGGUCAUUUAUCAACAGUUAAUUCAAUUUGUUACUCUCCUGAUGGUACUAAAUUAGCAUCUGGUAGUGCAGAUAACUCUAUCUGUUUCUGGGAUGUUAAGACAGGAUAAUUAAUCUUAUCUUUUGAUAAUCGUUAUCAAGGUAUUGUAGCUUAAUUUUCAUCUCAAAACUUUAAGAACAACCUAAUUUAAGAAAGUGGUAUUUAUUUUCUUUGUUAUAUAGUAAAUUCUCCUGUUAAUUACCUUGUCAUAUCAAAUUUGCUUAAAUUUCGAUCUUAAGGUGCUUUAAUUUUGAAAGGUGAAUUUAUUAAUCAAUCUGGUAUAGACUUGAGGACAUUAUUUAAACAAAGAGGAAGUUUCAUUUUAGAGAACCAAUUGAAUUGUAAAAACGAUGAAAAUUGA